AUGCCGACUCUGCCAACUCUGCCGACUCUGCCGUUGAGCAGCUCACUGCCAUUGUGUGACGACGACUCUGCAGCGCCUCAUCCUGCUGCUGCCGCGGCUGCUCCGCCUGCUCCUCCUCUUUGCGCCCCCAGCAGCAGGCGGCUCGCGCGGCGGGUGCUGCAGCUGGAGCGGGACGAGGGGCACGAGUGCCACCCCACGAGAGAGGAGCUGCGCGUGGGAUACCAUUGCAUGGCCGAGCACGACCAGUGGCUGCAUGGGUUGAAUCAUCAUGUGAACGGAAACCGUUCGUGCAGUGACUGCUGGCAUGCUGACAUGCCGUCUGUGCUCCAGGUGGCCGAUUUGGUGCUGCAGUUCCCGAAUCUCGCCUCCGUGUGCGUGCCCCUGCGUGAUGACGUGGAUUUGAGCCCGGGUGACGUCAGGAUGGUGCUGGGUGUGGUGGCAGGGCUGGGAGCCCUGAGGAGCUGCCACGUGCAGGCUGACGUGGCGGGCUGGGUGGAGCGGGGAGAGGGAGGUGCGUGGCGGGAUGAGGAGGCGGGGGAGGAAGAGGAGAAAGAGAUAGUAGCACGAGAGGAAGAGAGGCGUUGUGCUGUUGAGGAAGGUAUGGUUGUGAAGGUGGCAGCUAGGGAGAUGGUGGCACAGAGGGGGAGGGAGAUCAGGCGGGAAAGGAAGGAAGCGAGGAAAGAACAGGAGCGGCAGCAGAGCCGGAAGGAAAUGAGUAGCGCUAUUGAAGCAGGGCUGCUGGGUGUGGUCUCAAGCAGUAACGGUGGUAACCGCAACUGCCUGCCAGCUGUCCUCCAGUCAGGAUCACCCUUCAGUGCUCUCACAUCUCUAAAAGAGCUCCGGAUAAGGCUCAGGGUUGCUGAGAGGGGUUGUCGCCUGCCCCCCGAUCUGUUUCUCGGGCUUGAGUCUCAACUCCAGAAGCUGACUCUGCUGCACACUCCCUGUGGCAAAGGCAAUGGUGAUGGUGACAAUGGGGAGCGUGGGGAUGGUGAUAGUAAGGAAGUCACACUGGUAAUGCCCGGUUCUGCCUGGCGCCUGACGAAGCUGCAGGAGCUGGAGACGUCGUUCCGAGUGCCGUUUGACGACGACCACAAGGAGUUUGAGGAGGGGUUUGGAGCCCUCCCCUCCCUCCCCAACCUGCAAGUCCUCUGCAUGAUGGCGGAUAAAGCUACAGCCGGAGCGCCGUUACCAGCCUCCCUGCGCCGGCUACAGUUGCGCUACAACCAAUGCAGCCUGCUGCAUGCAGUGGGGCGGGCAGCGGGUUCAGUGGAGCACCUGGAAGUGACUGCAGUGGGGGCAGGGGGGCAGGACUCGUGUGUGUACGGCGACUUGGUCCCCACGCUUUCCCCCCACCGCUGGGACCCAGCGUGGAGGGGGCUGGUACUCUAA